GUGAAGAUGGAUAAUAUGGCUAGUUUUAUGAUGAGAGAGAAGGUUGUUGAGAGGAUAAAUAAGCCUAAUAGCUACAAAACAAGGAAUAAAUCAAAUUCAAAACCUAAUGGGACUAAAGGGGACAUACUAAGUACUGCUAUUAAGAGCAUGCUUGGAGGCUCUAAAAUGGGCGAGCCCAAGAUAUUUUCCCCACUAGAAACUCUCCAGAAUGGUUAUAGUGGCUUCCAAAUUUCUUCAAAUUGCUCGAACUUUGAAAGAAGAAAAGCAAGGGUCCUCCGGUCGAAGUCUAAUACUGUAUAUGGAGAAGAAAAUCACAAAUUUGUUGAGAAUCAUUCGAAAAUGUCUAAUUUUGAAUAUCUUUAUAAAUAAGGAAAUCGACUACCGUAAUGAAGUUAUGAAAUCCAAAUCCUCCUUUAGUGGUGACAGCAUGAUGAAGGAGAGGGUCAAAAGUUUCAAGAGUAGCACAAAUUGCAAAAUCUUUCAUAAAGUCAAAUAAGUCUAAAACAGGCCUCCUAGCUCGGAUUUAUAAAAAGAAAGGCAAACUAGGCCAUAAUCAAUCGUGCUCUUCUACUAGGCCUGAUUCGAUGAUAAAGGAGAAGAAAUCCUGAAAAUUAGAAAGUUCAGCACCACUGAAUCUUAAAAUUGACAUUGAAACUCAAGGCUCAUCGCGGCCUGCUCAAAAAGAUAGACCUCCAAGGAAGAAGGAUACUUCACAAAAAUUGAACAUCUGUGUUGGAGACACAGGGAACAACAUUCAAAGCACUGUGAAUACUCCAACUUCCGUCGGGGCUGAGGAAUCGUUCACAAAUUGAGUGAAGCCUGAUCUAGCUACUCUUCAUGAAAACUAUUUAAAAAAUUUACUGAAGGAUAAGAUGCCUUCAAGAUCUCCAAACAUAAACUCACUGGAUAGCAGAGAGCUGACAUUGUUCCUGGCUGCGAGUAGGACCUCUAGUUUUUACAGAUCUAACCAGCAGGAUGAGGCUACAGACUCACCAGAUGAGAAAACCCCCACUAAGUUUAAAUAGGAUUUGUGACC